AUGUCGAGGCUAGCCGGCACCUUGCUUCGACUGUCCCAUAAAAUCAUUUGGGUGUCCCACUUGCUUUGGGGAUAUGUGGAUGCCACGUGGGGGCCUGUGACUGUUUGGAUAGGAUGGGAGAUUGACCUUCAAUCCUGGUCCUGCGAAUUGCCCCUGGCCAAAAUCUCCAAGAUUAUUGACCAAUUGGAGGAGCUGCUCUUCGCUGGGCCCAAGGUCAAGUUCAAAACGUUGGAGAGUCUCGUAGGUCGGCUUCUGUGGGUCACUGGGCUUUGGAAGGUUCUCAGGCCUUUGCUGUCACCGCUUUACCGAGCCUUGCAUGCACUGCCCUCCUCGUGUGUGGGUGUCAGUCCGGAGCUGUGGAGUUCCAUCCUGAGGAAUGUUGAUUCCUUGUGUGUGCUUACACGGAAAGCGGCGCAUCCUUCCUUUCAUGCUGGCGCUCGAAUCACCAGGGUUGCCAACAGCUACGUGACUUCUAAGGAUGAACUUCUUGCGAUGCCAUUCAGGAAACGGCGGCUCUGGGUGGAGGUGCAUGACCCUGAUCACCCGCUCCGCCUAGCAGACUCGGAUGCUCUUGCCAGUCUGCAUGCAUGGAAAGCCCUUCUUCUUUCCACGCCGUUCGUGAAGUCUUUAAGAUCCCCUGUGGAACUUCAGAUUGUGGCUGAAGCUGAUGCCUGUGCCACAGAGUCAUCGAUGGGGCUCGGCGGCUAUGUAUGCUGGCCCAGUGGACGUAGCCAUUGGUUUGCAAUAUGUCUGUCGGCCACUGAACUGCAGGACUUCAGCGAUCUCUUUCAGGUACCGCUUCAGUCUCACAUUGCCGCACUGGAGCUCCUGGCGCAGUUGCUGCUCUUGUGGUGCAUACACCAGGCCCUACCUUCGUGCAGAGGCCGCCUUAGAGCUUUUCUCCGAUGCGACAACUCUGCGGCUGAGGCAGCUUCAUCCAAGGGUAUGUCCUCGGUGCUGGCGAUGUCUGGUGUUCUCCAGCGUUUUCUUACGUUCCAAGCUUGGUCAGGAAUCGAGGCUGAAGUCGAGCACAUCGCCGGUUACAAGAAUGCCCUUGCUGAUGAGCUCAGCAGAAUGCAGGUGGAUUCGGUGCCACCCUUGGCGAUCGAGGAUCGCAUCUCACCUCCUCUGCGGUGGCUCUUGUGCUCUGGCGUCUGUCUUCAGCCUGCUGCGGCGAGGUGGCCUGAGCAUCUUCAGCAGUUAGCCUCCAAGAAGUGA